AUGAAUCAUUCAUGCGUCAUAUAUCAUUACUGAUGAGGCACGAGCUUUAUUUGGAAGGUCAGAAUGUUUGGAACCAAGGUGUAGUUAAAAAUGGCAUGAUCUGUAUCAAACGAGGAGUUUUGGAAAUACUGUCCGACGAAGAUGACGAGAGUCCGAUGAUUGCUUUUAAAGACGGCACGAGAGCAAUAGAAAAGUAUGAUCUCGAUGACUCAAGACUGAUUAAAACUCGGUACAGGCCUAUGAAAGUACUUAAAGAACAUUUAGCAGGAAUAGAAGAGGAAGAUCCAACAUUCGUGGAUGAUUCUCAUAUGUAUUAUAAGGACGAAAACAACGAGAGUUGUCGUAAAUUUACAACGGAAUAUCUAGGCUUGUAUCAAUUGUCUAAUAAUGUGACGAGUAUUAAGGAACCGCGUAUUUGUCUACGAGCAAACUUUCCUUGGAUUUUGGAACCAAACACAGAUUUCAAUGUUCGAAAAAUGACGGUACGUGAGAUAAUUGAAGAAAAGAUGGCCACUACGGGGUUUUAUUUAGAUAUAAUAUCUGUGUUUCCAUUGUAUAUAUUCACUGACACUCUGGAUCCUCAAAAUGAAUCCAUGGCUACUCAAAUAGCUGCUAUGUUGCCGAUGUUGCAAGUGUGGCAUAUAUGGGACUACUUGGAUAAAUGGCAAAAUAAUUUUAAUAGUAAUGCCAAGGAUUCAAUGAGAGAUUUAUUUUACUUUCUUUCUGUGAACCACGUGAGUGGGAAAAUAAAAGCUAGAGUAAAGAAAUUCUUCCUUGUGCAAUGGUACUAUAACAACGCUGUGUCAAGUGAAGAAAUAUUUAAAGACAUGUCUAGCAACAUUCAACAAGAAGUUUUGGCUCUGCAAAUGAUUGAAUCGUUUCAAUAUUGCCCUCUAUUUCAGGGUCACUGUAAUAAAUUAAAUCAUUUCGGCAAAGUUGAAUCUUCAAUUGGUCCUGGUAGCGUUGUUGGAGUUAUAGAAAUGGUUUAUGGCCUUCCAAAGGUUCACACUGUGCUGACUUGCACUAACUGCAGCUUACUGCACAUAGAAUACAGUGCUCUGGUUCAAUGCUGGAGUACGUUUCCUGAUAUAAAACAUCCAAUAUUUGAGACAAUAAAGAAUCCCGAGAUAGAAAAGGAGGCAUCUAAAUUUGUGGAUGGUAAGCCGUUAAUGGGUAGAAUUGACACCAGAACAAACAGAUUUGCGGUGUUUAGAAUCACAGGAGCUUUCACAUUCUGGGAGAGUGAUAUAAUGCGAGUCAAUGAAGCUGUUAUUCUUCUAAAGUUUCUUCCUGUCGCUGUUACUAUCGUUAAUCUUGUUGCGGCCUUAAUUUUCAUGAAUUCCUGUACACCAUACACAGUGUCGACAACUAACUUAAUUAUGGUAAAUUGCACUCGUGUUAUGGUGCUCUCAAGUGAAAAUCAUAAAAUCAAAUGUUGUGGAUGUAUGCCUGUAGCUAUUCCUAAUAAUUCUGACAUUUGGUUGACUAUGGCAUUGCAAAUCUUUGGUAUUCUUUACUUUGCGUUUAUGUUCGGCUACAUAGCUUCAACUCGCAGUGCCUCUUCUCACGCGUUGUUGGAACAUAAUGAAAACGCUCAGGAUUUGGCUAACUUUCUUUAUCAAGCUAACGUCGACCCCAUACUUACAAUAAAGACUUUGAAGUAUUUCGAAUAUGUUUGGAAAAGGACACAUGGCAGUGACCCACAAAAAAUAUGUCGAGGGUUAAACUGUGCGCUAAUGGAAGACACUCUUGUGUUCAUGUAUGAACGGGCACUUCGGGAGGUGCCGUUGUUCGGUAAAGUGGAACGCUCUUUCAUCAGAGUCAUUACGCAGCAUCUUCAUGAAAUGUAUUUUCUUAAGGGCGACACGGUUGUGCAAUGCAAGGACAUACAAUCAAACAUUUACAUUAUAUAUAGGGGCAAGGUAGAUGUUAUGAAUUCAUACAACGAAAUGAUAACAUGCAUGGGUCCUGGUGGAAUGUUUGGUAAUUUUACUGGACAAACAGUUUCAAGUUCUGAAGUAGCGAUAUACGCAAGUCGAAAUUUGGACCUGUUAGUUCUGCCUGCUCAGACUUUCUUCAAUUUAGUUAAAUACUAUCCUAAAAUACAAGAACCGCUUAAUAGAGCGUUUGAGGUUUCUAAGAAUUACAUUCUACCUAUAACAGUUGAUAAUGAAGAUACUUCGUCCUCCGAUUCUGACUUUGACAUAUUAUCACAAGAUUCGGCAUUCGAUUCAAGAAGUGGAUCUAGCAGAUAUGAUACUGUGGGUGUUCAAUAUAAGCUGCCAUCGGCUCAAUCGACAAGCAAUAUAAGUCAAGCAAAAUCCUCUGCUAGCGUGAUGACGUAUCAGAGCUAUAUGGACAUUAAUAACCUAUUGAAACCCGGAUCUAAGUUAUACCAGGGUUAUGGUUAUAUUACCUGCGCAAUAGCAACAGCCAAUUACGUGCUUGCCUUAUACGAACUUGUCACCUUAAACGACUGCUACAUUUUAUUUUGGCUCCAAUACUUCUUCGACGUGUUCUUCUACGUCAAAAUAUAUUUAUCAAUGCAUCGGGGAUAUCUCAAUAGGCAUGGUGACCUUAUUCUGGAUUCAAGCAAGUGCCGAGCUAGGUACUAUAGACAUAAGCUGUGGAUGUGGAGCGAUUUACUAGCCAACUUACCCACUGAAUUGUUUGGCUUUUGUUUUUAUGACACGUCUCAGACUCAAUGGGAUUACACAACAUCAUUUUAUAUAAUAGUAGCUGAACUUACAACUACCGGUGGUGAUGAAUUUCUUGUAGAUUAUUUGCUUCCAAUAAUUAUACUCUCCAUAUCACUGGUAUGCGGUAAAAUGUUGGCUGCCAUUGUAAUUGCCACAGCAAUGCAGGUUGAAUACUCUACUAAGUAUGCUUUGAAUAAAUACGAAAGGGCUACUGGUGAGCUUUUAGACGUUCUGAAAAAUCAAGGACUGUCGAGUUAUCAGUUGAAGAAGAUAUGUAAAUAUGUACGGCAGCUAUGGGUGACGGAAAGAGGACGUCAGUUGCCAGUACUGCUAUCGAGAACUCCAUACGUUCUUCGAUGCGAUUUAAUGUCGGCUAUGUUUGGUCAACAUUUAAGGAACUGUUUCUUAUUUGCUGACACCGGCCAACCUUUUCUACGUCAGCUAACAGCGUUACUGGAAUACUCUGUGUUUUUUCCUGGAAACUACAUAGUAGUAGCAGGGGAUAGUGAAGCCAGAAUGCAUUGGGUAGCAUCAGGAACAGUGUCCGUGGUGUCCGUAAAAUCUGACUUAACCGAAACUACACAUGAGAUUUUAAAUGUUGGAGACGUGUUUGGAAUACUCCAGGGUUUGAAUCGGGGAAUUACUCACUGCUUUUCCUACAGAGCUCAAACCAAGGUCAGCAUAUUAACGUUGAGCCUGGAUUCCUGGAUAAAUUUAUUACCAUACUUCCCGGACGCUCAAAGGAUUAUAGCAGAGAGGGCACAAAUAUUAUUUACGCGAAUAUAA